CAUCCAGUUCAUCGUGGGACCCCUCCCUCCUUCCCUGUCGGCCAUCGCUUCGAUCCGGCCGAGUCAUUUCGCCGUAAAAAGAUCAUCACUUCGUGAUCCGUUUCUGCUGCUACUGCUCUCUUCAAUCUCAACGAGGCACGCACGCGCUGUCAGUCUGUCACUAGCAUCUGCCGUGUCAGCGAAAGACAUGGCCACUGCGAAGAAGAAGAUCAUCAUCGACACCGACCCCGGCAUCGACGACGCCAUGGCGAUCUUCGUCGCGCUGCAGUCGCCGGAGGUAGAGGUGAUCGGCCUCACCACCAUAUACGGGAACGUCUACACGACCCUGGCCACCAGGAACGCCUUGCAUCUGCUGGAGGUUGCAGGACGGACCGACAUCCCUGUGGCUGAAGGGUCCCAUGUGACAAUUACCAAAGGUACAAAGCUUCGAAUUGCGGAUUUUGUCCAUGGCGCCGAUGGACUUGGCAAUCAAAACUUCCCACCACCAAAAGGAAAACCAAUAGAACAGUCGGCAGCCACUUUUCUCAUUGAGCAAGCAAACCUUUAUCCUGGGGAAGUUACUGUGGUUGCAUUGGGCCCUCUCACAAAUAUUGCACUGGCUCUUGAACAAGAUCCAACCUUUUCAAAAAAGAUUGGGCAGAUCGUGCUUCUUGGUGGAGCUUUUUCUGUGAAUGGCAAUGUGAAUCCAGCAGCUGAAGCCAACAUUUUUGGCGACCCAGAUGCUGCAGACAUUGUAUUUACCAGUGGAGCUGAUGUUCUGGCUAUAGGAAUAAAUGUAACCCAUCAAGUUGUUUUGACAGAUGCAGAUAGAGAUAAGUUGGUCCAAUCAAAUGGAAGAUUUGCUCAAUACCUCUCCAGAAUCUUGGAAGUGUACUUUGCCUAUCACCAUGAAGCAUACUUCACCAGAGGAGUUUACCUCCACGAUCCAACAACAAUAAUUGCAGCUUUGAACCCUUCACUUUUAACUUUCACUGAAGGUGUGGUUAGAGUGCAAACGACCGGUAUCACAAGAGGGCUCACUAUACUAUAUAAUGGACAGAAAAGGUUCGGUGAACACACGGAAUGGUCUGACAAACCGAAGGUGAAGGUGGCGGUGACUGUUGACGCUCCUCUGUCGUGAAAUUAGUCCUGGAUCGACUCAUGGAGUCCUGACUUCAGAAGGCGCCAGGUAAUUGAUUGAAUGAAUCGGGUAAAGCUCAUUGUAAACAAAUAACAGCUUUGUUCGAAGGUCACAGUGCUAGAUGAUUUGCUCAGAUGAGCGGAAUAAAAAUGCCAGUUGCCAAUGGCGGAUUCAGAAAUUCCUUUGGUCUGUGCUCAUUGCCACUGACUGGAACGUCUGAUUUGGUUUUCUUGUAUCAUGUUGAAGUGACCGUUUGCUUCUUGCAAUAAUGUUGUCCCAUUGCUGCGUCCGACUGACCAUCAUAAUUUGGCAUGUCGCUUGAGAUGAAACUUUUCCCUUAUCGCCUUGUUAAA